GAAGGUACCAACCACUCUACAAAAUGUUGCACCCUUCUGUUUAUCGUUUAGAAACAAUUCAAUAAUUCUCCUUAAUGCUUUGCCCUUCUCCUUAACCUUACAACUUCCAGAAACUCCAACUACCUCUCUCUCUGCUUCAUUGUCUGAGUAGGUACCAAAGAUGGCAUCAUUGACUGCUUCAAGUAACCUGGUCUCUGGAAGUUCUCAUGUCCACCACAGACCAACUGCUUCAUAUGAGUCUAAAGCAGUAGCUAUGGGACUUAGAUCUCUAAAACAAGCCAAUACUCAUAAUGGGCUGAGAAUUUUGAACCCGGUGGAUGAGCUGCUUAACAGAACCCCAAUUAAGAUUAAUGCAGCACAAGCUAUGAAGAAGGGGCUUCAAAGCAAGAAUGUCAGGCCUACAGGUAUAAUCAUAUGUGGCAUGAAUUUGAUAUUUGUAGGAACGGAGGUGGGUCCAUGGAGCAAAACCGGUGGGUUAGGAGAUGUUCUUGGAGGUCUGCCACCGGCAUUGGCAGCUAAUGGACAUCGAGUUAUGACUAUUGCGCCUCGUUAUGAUCAAUACAAAGAUGCAUGGGAUACAAGUGUUGUAAUUGAGGUGAAAGUAGGAGAUAAAACAGAAAAGGUUCGCUUCUUCCAUUGCUAUAAGAGGGGAGUUGACCGUGUCUUUGUGGAUCACCCGUUGUUUCUUGCAAAGGUCUGGGGGAAAACUGGAACCAAAAUUUAUGGACAAACUACAGGAGAUGAUUACGAUGACAACCAACUACGUUUUAGCCUGUUUUGCCAGGCAGCUUUGGAGGCACCAAGGGUUCUGAAUCUUAAUUCCAAUAAAUAUUUCUCUGGACCAUAUGGUGAAGAUGUCAUUUUCAUCGCCAAUGAUUGGCACACUGCCCUUCUCCCCUGCUACUUGAAAUCUAUGUACCAGUCAGUGGGCAUCUAUAAGAAUGCCCGAGUUGUUUAUUGUAUCCACAACAUUGCUUACCAAGGAAGAUUCGCAUUCUCGGACUUUUCACUUCUAAAUCUCCCAGACCAAUUUAAAAGCUCCUUUGACUUUAUUGAUGGACAUGUUAAACCAGUGAUUGGAAGGAAAAUCAAUUGGAUGAAAGCUGGGAUUUUAGAAUCAUGGUUUGUGAUAACUGUUAGUCCAAACUAUGCUAAAGAACUAGUGUCAGGUCCAGACAAAGGAGUGGAGUUGGAUAACAUCCUUCGCAAAGUUGAUAGUCGUUUUGUUGGAAUAGUGAAUGGCAUGGAUGUUCAAGAGUGGAAUCCAUCCACUGACAAAUACAUAGCUGUGAAAUACAAUGUUUCAGCAGUAUUGGAAGCAAAGGCUCUUCUUAAAGAAGCCCUCCAAGCUGAAGUUGGAUUGCCAGUUGACAGAAAUAUUCCACUCAUUGGUUUCAUUGGUAGGCUUGAAGAGCAAAAAGGUUCUGAUAUUCUUGCCGCAGCUAUUCCUCAAUUUAUCAAGGAGAAUGUUCAGUUGGUAGCCCUAGGAACAGGGAAAAAACAAAUGGAAAAACAGCUUCAGCAACUUGAAACAUUGUACCCUGACAAGGCCAGAGGAGUGGCAAAAUUCAAUGUUCCCCUUGCCCACAUGAUAAUUGCUGGAGCUGAUUUUAUAUUGGUUCCUAGCAGAUUUGAGCCUUGUGGUCUCAUUCAGUUACAAGCUAUGCGCUAUGGAUCGGUACCUAUUGUUGCCUCAACAGGUGGAUUAGUUGACACUGUCGAAGAAGGUUUUACUGGAUUUCAGAUGGGUUCCUUCAAUGUUGAAUGUGAUGCUGUGGAUCCUUUGGAUGUGGAUGCUAUAGCAAAGACUGUCAAAAGGGCCCUUGCAGUCUAUGGAACUCCAGCUUUUACAGAAAUGAUCAAGAAUUGCAUGGCUCAAGAUCUUUCAUGGAAGGGACCUGCUAAGAAGUGGGAGGAAGUAUUGCUAAACUUGGGAGUUCCUGGCAGUCAACCUGGAAUUGAUGGAGAGGAAAUUGCUCCACUGGCAAAGGAGAAUGUGGCAACUCCAUAAUAAGAACAAAGAUGUGAGGGAAGCCUCUCCUUGUCUGAGUCUCAUAAAGUUCCCCCAGCCCUGUGCUUAUUAUUAUUUUUUUCUCCUACCUUUUGUUUUCUCCAAAAUAUAUUAUAGAAAUUUACAUGGGCACGAAGAUUACACGAUUCCAAUCAGGGUAAUUCACUCUACGGAGUGAUUUCAACACUAUUUGAGUGCAUGUAUUCAAGAUCAGCAGAAGUAUAAGCGUUUCUUAGUAGUCUAGAUAUGACACAGGCUAUGUUGGGCAAACAAGGAGUUGUGCUAUAUAUGUAACUUGCACUGCUUAUUGCAUCUGCCUGUUUGGCUCCAAAAGUUGCGUUUAUUUUUAUUAAACGUAAUUUUACGACAUAAAAUUCCAUGUGAAGUUAUAAAAAAGUUCA